AUGUCGCACAUGUCCAAGAAAGAUGCGCAUCUCUACAACCAAGAACGUCCUGCGCCUCGCACAAAAGGCAAUCCAAUCUCCUCCGCCAGCUCUAUAGCCUUCUCGUCCACGCUCUCCGACCUUAUACAAUCAGCCUCUACAGACGCCAGCAAGCCCACCACCGGCCGCGCACGAAUUGCCAAAGAAGACAUCUUCAAAUCGCACAACAAGGGCGUCAAGAAGCGCGCGGCGAAAGAUCUGGAAGACUCUCAGUUCACGCAGAAGCACCGCAAACUCACAAGCGACGAGAGAGCAGAGGAUGAGGCACACUGGAAGCGCGCAAAGCGGCGCAUGGAGGAGAAGGCACGACUGUAUAACGCGCUGAAGCGGGGCGACAUAGAAGAUGUGGAUGAUAGGUAUGGCGUGGACUUUGAUGCCAAGUGGGCGGAGAAGCAGGAGCAGGGAGAGGCGAACUCGGACUCUUCAAGUUCCGAGUCCGAGGUGCCAGACGAGGAGCUUGUAGAGUAUCAGGAUGAAUUUGGCCGGACACGGAAGGGCACUCGGGCAGAGUUCGCACGGGAAGAACGUAGGAAACGCACGCUUGCGGCCGAUGAAUCGGAUCGUUUCACUGCGCGACCUAGCAUGCCUACAAAUAUCAUCUACGGAGACACGGUGCAGAGCGACGCCUUCAAUCCGGACGAAUGCAUCGCGCAACAAAUGGCCGAUCUUGCUGCAAAACGCGACAAGGAACUUACACCGCCUCCAGACGAGCACUUUGAUGGGCGCAAGGAAGCACGACAACGUGGCACAGGCUUCAUGCACUUCUCGAAGGACGAAGAGGAGAGGAAGCAGCAGAUGUCGAAUUUGGAGAAGGAGAGGCAAGAGACGGAAAAGGCACGCCGUGAGCGCAAAGAGCAGAUUGAAAAGAGGAAGGAGAUGAUCAAGGAAAAGAAGCGUGCGAUACAGGAGAAGAGGGCCAAGGGGCAGGCUGAUCGGUUUUUGAAUGAGCUGGGAGCUGAGUUGUUUGGCGAGAAAAGGGAAUAG